GCUGAGGCAGAAGCACUUCGGAUAUUAAGUGUUUAACUUCCGAAGGGGGGAGGAGCUCUCGUCCUUCAAAAAUCCCAGCACCACAGUUUUAAUCUCUUCAAAAAAGUUUUGCCUGGGCCUGACCCCCAGGCUUAGGCAAUUUGCUGCAAUCAGCCCAUGUGCCCCAUCCUUGGCCGGGGGAGAUGCCUUCUCUCUCCAUGUCGGGACUAAUUUGACCCCCGAGAGAGAGAGGCAGCCGGAGAGAGGGAGCCUGUCUGCCAAGUGCUGCUCCCUGGUGCUCAGAGCCUGCUCCGUCUCCAACUCAUUCAUUUUGCCGGCUAACAUGAGAGAUCAUGGCCGCCUUCGGGCUUCUCAGCUAUGAGCAGAGACCUCUGAAACGACCCCGGCUGGGACCGCCCGACGUCUACCCCCAGGACCCCAAGCAGAAGGAGGAUGAGCUUACAGCAGUGAAUGUAAAGCAGGGCUUCAAUAAUCAACCGGCUUUCUCUGGAGAUGAGCAUGGAUCUGCUAGAAAUAUUGUCAUUAAUGCCUCAAAGAUUGGCGCUUAUUUUAGCAGCAUAUUAGCAGAAAAGCUUAAACUUAAUACUUUCCAGGACACGGGAAAGAAGAAACCGCAAGUAAAUGCCAAAGACAAUUAUUGGCUGGUUACUGCUCGCUCUCAGAGUGCAAUUCAUAACUGGUUCACAGACUUAGCAGGAAAUAAACCACUGCCCAUUUUAGCAAAAAAGGUUCCUAUCCUCAGUAAAAAGGAAGAUGUUUUUGCUUAUUUAGCAAAAUAUUCUGUGCCACUGCUGCGAGCAGCAUGGCUGGUCAAGAUGACCUGUGCCUACUAUGCUGCUAUAUCUGAAGCUAAACUUAAGAAGCGUCAAGCUACUGAUCCAAAUAUUGAAUGGACUCAAAUCCUAACCCGGUACCUUCGAGAGCAGCUGGCAAAGAUUGCAGAAUUUUAUCAUGUGACUACAAACCAAGGCAACGGCUCUGUAGCUGUGCCUCAAGAGGUGGAACAAGCACUGAAGCAGUGGGAAUAUAAUGAAAAAUUGGCAUUUUAUAUGUUCCAGGAAGGAAUGCUUGAAAGACAUGAGUAUUUGACAUGGAUACUAGAUGUGUUGGAAAAAAUCAGACCCACCGAUGAUGACCUUCUUAAGCUAUUGUUACCACUAAUGCUACAGUAUUCAGAAGAGUUUGUUCAGUCAGCUUACCUGUCCCGUCGCCUUGCUUAUUUUUGUGCCAGACGUCUAUCUUUAUUGCUAAGUGAUAGUCCUAACUUGGUAGCUGCACACUCACCUCACAUGAUUAUUGGAUCAAAUAAUCCUCCUUUAGCAGCUCCAAGUCCUACUACACCUGGUCCUAUGGUGAGCCCAGUACAGCUAGCCUGUUCAGAUUUCUUUUCCUGCCCACAACAUCGUCCACUAGUUUAUGGACUUAGUUGUAUGCUGCAGACUGUAACUCUUUGUUGCCCAAGUGCCUUGGUGUGGAAUUAUUCCACAAAUGAAAAUAAGAGCAUUAAUCCAGGCUCUCCUCUGGAUUUACUUCAAGUUGCUCCAUCUAGUUUACCUAUGCCAGGUGGGAAUUCAGCUUUUAAUCAACAGGUUCGGGCAAAGAUUUAUGAAGUAGAACAGCAGAUAAAACAAAGAGGUCGUGCUGUGGAGGUGCGGUGGUCUUUUGACAAGUGCCAAGAAUCAACAGCAGGGGUCACCAUCAGCCGAGUUUUGCAUACACUAGAGGUUUUGGAUCGACACUGUUUUGACAGAUCAGAUUCCAGCAAUUCAAUGGAAACUCUUUAUCACAAGAUUUUCUGGGCAAACCAGAACAAGGAUAGGCAAGAGGUUGCCCCUAAUGAUGAAGCUGUUGUAACAUUGCUUUGUGAAUGGGCAGUGAGCUGUAAAAGAUCUGGAAAAUACAGGGCCAUGGCUGUAGCAAAACUCCUGGAAAAGAGACAAGCAGAAAUUGAGGCAGAAAGGUGUGGUGAGUCAGAAGUCCUCGAUGAAAAGGAAUCUAUUUCUUCAGCUUCUCUCACUGGUUCCAGCCUUCCUGUUUUCCAGAAUGUCCUCCUUAGGUUUUUAGAUACGCAGGCUCCUUCAUUAUCUGACCCGAAUAGUGAGUACGAGAAGACUGAAUUUGUGAAUCUGGUGCUGCUAUUUUCUGAGUUCAUCCGACAUGAUGUUUUUUCACAUGAUGCCUAUAUGUGCACUUUAAUAUCACGUGGAGACUUGUCAAUCACUACGGCUACUAGACCACGCUCACCUACUGGAGAAACUGUGGAUGAACAUUAUUCCAAGGACCAUGAUAUGAAAUUGGAGGAUCAUAGCAUUAUGGAACAUAUGGGCAUUGACUCAGGAACCACUAAUAUUUUUGAUGAUGUAGACAAGAAUGACUUUAAGACUGAUUUUGGUUCGGAAUUCCCAAUUUUUUCUCCGAUGCCUGCGGAGUCUUGUGAGAAUGUGAACUCUUCGUUAGACAGAAGAAUCUCAGUUAACAGUGAGAAGACAGUCAAGCGGGAAAGACUGAAAGAACUGAUUUUUCCUUCCAGCUAUGACCUUCGCCACUUGCAGUAUGCAACACAUUUUCCUAUACUUCUGCUGAAAUGGUUUUCAGGAGGCACGCUGACAACAAUGAACCUGGAGAUUAGCCUGGGCUGUACUACCUCAACUUCUGAAAAAUACAGGAAAUAUGAUGAAUCUUCAAGUCAUGAAUGUAACCAGCGCAUGAUACUUCUUUAUGGUGUUGGCAAAGAACGUGAUGAGGCAAGGCAUCAGCUAAAGAAAAUUACCAAAGAUAUCCUGAAGAUCCUGAAUAAGAAAAGUACUACUGAAACGGGUGUUGGGGAUGAAGGGCAAAAAGCCAGGAAGAACAAACAGGAAGCAUUUCCAACUCUAGAGACUGUAUUCACAAAACUGCAACAACUGUCAUAUUUUGAUCAACAUCAGGUGACAUCUCAGAUCUCCAGUAAUGUUCUGGAACAAAUUACUAGUUUUGCCUCCGGAACAUCAUACCACCUUCCUCUGGCUCACCACAUACAACUUAUCUUUGAUCUUAUGGAGCCGGCACUAAAUAUCAAUGGCCUUAUUGACUUUGCCAUACAGUUGUUAAAUGAACUGAGUGUUGUGGAAGCAGAAUUACUGCUGAAGUCAUCCAGUCUAGCAGGAAGUUACACAACAGGAUUGUGUGUGUGCAUUGUAGCUGUUCUUCGCCGUUACCAUGCCUGCCUGAUCCUUAACCCUGAUCAGACCGCACAAGUUUUUGAAGGAUUAUGUGGUGUUGUCAAGCAUGUUGUUAAUCCGUCAGAAUGUUCUUCCCCUGAAAGAUGUAUUUUAGCUUACCUCUAUGACCUCUAUGUAUCAUGUAGUCACCUGAGAAGCAAAUUUGGAGACCUUUUCAGGUUGGUAGGAAAAAGAUUUUAUAACCUAAAUUCAGCUAGGACAAAGACUAACUAGGCUCAGGGGUGACUUGGUGGC